AUGUCCUUCCACCCUCAGACUCCGCAAAGCCCCUCGCAAUUCUCUCCUGGCACGAGCGACCAGAAUAUGAGCAUGAGCAGCUCCAUGACCUCCAUCACGACCGCUCUGCCGACUCCUGCCCACAGCGUAAACGGAAGCACACUACCCACCGACGCCUCCCAGGACGUCGUCAUGGGCGGAGACUCCCCCCACAAGCGCAAGCGAGCCUUUGAUGAUCUCGGCGAUAGACAGCAGAAGAAGGUGCACAGCGAGGGCCGCAAACUUGGUAUUGAUGACCUGCACCUUGAUGUGGGCGAGAAAUACCUCCUUUGCAGAACUCCCCAUCCUACGCCGCGCCCGCAUGUGUCGGAAGAUCUCUUUGAGCUCUACGGCUUGGGACCUCUUGCCGACUCGGUAGCCCGCGUGCUUCCGAACGGUGAGAAGAAUGCGAUCAGGAAGACGUACAAGGGCUUCAUCAAGAAGCUCGGCGUUCAAGGCCACUUCGACUCGGUCAAGCAAGAUCCCCACCGCGAGGAUAGCAUGCUCUGGUUGAUGCAGGUGCCCGAGGAUGUUUGGGAUGCAAGAUACGUCAGGGGCAAGGAUAUUCACCAUGGAUUCAACCCCGAGGUCAAGAGCAAGCUGAUGCGUGCUACGACUAUGAGCAAGGGUGUCGUUCCCAAGAGUGUCUGGGACAGCUCGGUCUUGGGCGAGAUUGGCCCCGGCAAGGGCGACAGAGCCAUGUCUUCUGCCAGACCUACCGCACCCAACACCCCGCUCAACCUUGGAGGGUCUCAACAGCCUCGUAUCAAGGUUGGCACUCCGGUCGCUGCCCAGGAUAGGGCCAAGCGUGCCGUCAAGAAGAGAAGCUACGGUGACAGCAGCUUCGAAGGCUACGGCGAAGGCUUUCCAGACGAUGACACAGGCGCUGCGUCAGGCUACUCUACUGGAGAGGGUGAUAUGGCGUCUGGGAACAAGCGCAGAAAAAAGACUCAUGGAGUCUCACAGGCCCAUCCUCAAGCCCGGCAACCGGUCUAUGGCGCUGGAACUUAGGAGUCUCCAGCUGCUGAGUCCAGCCAGCCGCCGCCCGAGCAUGUCACCAAGUCGCAGACUGCUACCAAAAAGCAAACUGCAAACGGUGGUGCCAAAGCACAGGGACGAGGACGCCGGCCACGUGCCGAUUAGAAAAGCCACACCUACCAGUGUUCAGGGUGAUACCUGGUGUACCGGUUGACGAUGACCUUGGCUCGCCCGCGACGCAUCAUACAAUGUUUUGCCUUGUCUUGCCUCUUUGCGCGGAGAGUUGACAACCGAGACGAAAAGACGGUCACAGCUUUUGGAGCCUUUUCUUUGCAACGAAUGUGGUCGGCAGCAACAGCGAUUGGUAUCGACCCGCGAACUUGAGACGCUAGCCGCAUAGUUGAUGAUUACGGCAUCGAUUUGAUCAAAACAUACCCAUCAACUUGAAUUUCCGGUAUCCGUCAGUCUAUACGGCCUUGUCUCAAUCGCAAUCAACCGAUCCUUUCGCGUUUGUUGGAUGGCUUUCGUUGUCGAGCAGAGGGCAUUGGCUUUGUGGGUUCACUACAAUCGUGGGCUAACAUCGAGGGCAUCAUCGGGGGACACAAGAAACACUGAUAUCUUGCAUUUUGCAAAUUUGAUUUUUCAGCAAGGCGUUGGGGUUUAAGGUUCUGUCUUUUUAUUUUACAUUUAAUUUGAUUUUCCCCGGGGGAGGGAACAACACAAAACAACAAACAAACAAGCUUUAUACCUUUUGGGGGACCAGGGUUACUUGAGGCAUUUCAUCGUUCUUGACAUUUGGCGAGGUGGGGGCGGGGGAAACGUUCACAAAGAUCAUACCAAGGACAUGAGAAACAUGAUGAGAGGGUACAUUGGCGGGCUUUGAUUAUUCUGACGCGCGCGAGGUUCUGUAUUAUUGUUUUUCUUUGCUGAGGGGCAGCAGGACAGGGGACCUACAUGACCAACCGAGGACCGAGGCCGGGAUCAUAAGGAACGGGUUUAUGAAAAGGGGGUUUAGAGAGGGUUGACCGGCUGGCUUCUUCUUUUUUUAUGAGAGGAGUUUUGAUAUCGCAAGGGGUGGUGGGUGAGUUUCCUGGUCUAUAUGGUCUGUGGUUUUGGGGUUGGUGAGGUUGCUGCUUUUGUCUUCCGGGGGGAUGAUGUGGUGGGGAGUAGGGAGAGAUGGUGGUGAGGUUAGGUGAUGAUGGGGGGUGAGAAGGAGGGAGUGGAAAAGCGAUAAUAAAGCAGCGUUUGCUA